AUGACACCAAUUGGGACCGGAUUGGGCCGGUGUCCUCCACCCAUGAGCAUUUGCAGCCAAAGCAGAAGGUUCAGCAGAUUCCACACACUGAAACUUGGAAUUGGAAGGAAGCAUUUCCUCCUAUGGUUGUUUAUGAGAACCCUUCCUAUAUCAGAUCAGAUAAUAAGCAAUCUGAUUCCUUUCCCUGUCAUAAUUUCCUCCCCGCAAAGAAAUGGCUUUGGGUUCUUCAGCAACCAAUUUAGCCGCUGCAAUGGCACUAUCCUUCUUCAUCUUGCUCGCCGCUGCUCGCACAUCCUCCCUGUUCCACCCUCGUCCUCUGCUCCACCGCCGCUCCCUGACGACGAUGAUGUAAUCACACUAAAGGAUAAGAAAACGGCCUAUCUAAUGCCGACAUUGGUUGUGUUGUCUGCUAGAGCUGGUGACACAGGCCGUGUGCUCCGCGACAUAUUUGCAAACACUAACAGACCAGAGUCUAUAACAUCAUCGAAGUUGAAAGAGACCAUAAAUGCACUGUUGGAGCACCAAAGCAGCUUCAUCUAUGGCUCUUCUACAUCCGGGAAAGCCCUCGGAUGGUUUUGGCCUCUGAAGGGAAUGGCGAGGGAAGAAGAGAGAAAGCUGAGAAUUGAACGAGAGUAUGUCUAUAAUUAUCAGUUGGUUCCCAAGUUAGCGCCCAAACAGGACAAAGAUUACACUGUGGGCGUGGAGGUAAUGUGGGCUUACCAGGAUCCUUUGCGAAUUGUGGAAUGCUUGAUAGCUAUCCAGAUCUGAAUUCAUCCUUGCUUGAAUUGUGAUGAUGCAAAUUAAUUAAUUAAUUAAUUACUACCGCUCUCUGAGUCUUUGUACUAGCUGAUGCCUGUUUUUAUAGUUGAGGGUUUAUGUCAGAUUGCUCUAACUGAUAAAUGAAGUAAGGAGAUAUUAGGUAGGGUAUGCGUAGGAUUAUAAUGAGUAUUAAAGUAAUAGGCGGGUUGGUAUUUGCAAUUGUUAGAACGAAUGAAUUAUAUUCUAUGUUUAAGUGUGUAUAUUUUAUUCCAAUAUUUGGUAGUUGUGAUUGCAGUUAUUUU